AUGCAGCGGGAGGAGGGAUUUAACACCAAGAUGGCGGACGGCCCGGAUGAGUACGAGAGCGAAGCGGGCUGCGUGCCCCUUCUCCAUCCAGAGGAAAUCAAACCUCAGAGCCAUUAUAACCAUGGAUAUGGUGAACCCCUGGGACGGAAAACUCACAUUGAUGAUUAUAGCACAUGGGACAUAGUUAAGGCUACACAAUACGGAAUAUAUGAACGCUGCCGAGAGUUGGUGGAAGCAGGUUAUGACGUGAGGCAACCAGACAAAGAAAAUGUUACACUCCUGCAUUGGGCUGCCAUCAACAACAGAACAGAUCUAGUCAAAUACUAUAUUUCGAAAGGUGCUAUUGUGGAUCAACUUGGAGGAGACCUAAAUUCAACUCCAUUGCACUGGGCCACAAGACAAGGCCAUCUAUCUAUGGUUGUGCAACUAAUGAAAUAUGGUGCAGAUCCUUCAUUAAUUGAUGGAGAAGGAUGUAGCUGUAUUCAUUUGGCUGCUCAGUUUGGACAUACCUCAAUUGUUGCUUAUCUCAUAGCAAAAGGACAGGAUGUAGAUAUGAUGGAUCAGAAUGGGAUGACGCCUUUAAUGUGGGCAGCUUAUAGGACACACAGUGUGGAUCCAACUAGAUUGCUUUUAACAUUCAAUGUUUCAGUUAACCUUGGUGACAAGUAUCACAAAAACACUGCUCUGCAUUGGGCAGUACUAGCAGGGAAUACCACAGUCAUUAGUCUUCUUCUGGAAGCUGGAGCUAAUGUCGAUGCCCAGAAUAUCAAGGGUGAAUCAGCACUUGAUUUGGCAAAGCAGAGAAAAAAUGUGUGGAUGAUCAACCAUUUGCAAGAGGCACGGCAAGCAAAGGGAUAUGACAAUCCAUCUUUCCUUAGAAAGCUGAAAGCUGAUAAGGAAUUUCGGCAGAAAGUAAUGCUGGGAACUCCUUUCCUAGUUAUUUGGCUGGUUGGGUUUAUAGCAGACCUAAAUAUUGAUUCUUGGCUCAUUAAAGGGCUAAUGUAUGGUGGUGUUUGGGCUACAGUACAGUUUCUUUCAAAAUCCUUUUUUGAUCAUUCAAUGCAUAGUGCAUUGCCCCUUGGAAUAUAUUUGGCAACCAAAUUUUGGAUGUAUGUGACGUGGUUCUUCUGGUUUUGGAAUGAUAUCCUUUGUAUUGCACUUUUCUACAAUUUUGGAAAAUCUUGGAAAUCAGAUCCAGGGAUUAUUAAAGCCACAGAAGAACAAAAGAAAAAGACAAUAGUUGAACUUGCAGAGACAGGAAGUCUGGACCUCAGCAUAUUCUGCAGUACCUGUUUGAUUCGGAAACCAGUGAGGUCCAAACACUGUGGUGUAUGCAACCGCUGCAUAGCAAAGUUCGACCAUCAUUGCCCGUGGGUGGGCAACUGUGUGGGUGCAGGCAACCAUAGAUACUUUAUGGGCUACCUGUUCUUCUUGCUUUUUAUGAUCUGCUGGAUGAUUUAUGGUUGUAUUUCUUACUGGGGACUCCACUGUGAGACCAGUUACACCAAGGAUGGAUUUUGGACGUAUAUUACUCAAAUUGCCACCUGUUCACCUUGGAUGUUUUGGAUGUUUCUGAACAGUGUUUUUCACUUCAUGUGGGUGGCUGUAUUACUCAUGUGUCAAAUGUAUCAGAUAUCAUGUUUAGGUAUUACUACAAAUGAAAGAAUGAAUGCCAGGAGAUACAAGCACUUUAAAGUCACAACAACAUCUAUUGAAAGUCCAUUCAACCAUGGAUGUGUAAGGAAUAUUAUAGACUUCUUUGAAUUUCGAUGCUGUGGCCUCUUUCGUCCUGUUAUCGUGGACUGGACCAGGCAGUACACAAUAGAAUAUGACCAAAUAUCAGGAUCUGGGUACCAGCUCGUGUAG